UGUCCUGGAGCAGAGCUGAGGAGCCCUGGGGAAUCUCAAAGUUUGUGUCUGGAGCAGUAGUGGAAAGUGAGCUUAUUGAGAAGGGCUUUUCUUGGGAUGAGUACUGAUCUCCUGCCUUUAUUUUGGAUACACACCCUGCUCUAUUCUCCUCAGCCUUCGGUCUGAUCUCUAGACAGUCUGUCUCCUCUGGGGAUUCUCAGGUCUCCGAGGACGCUGAACCGGAGCCCUUGGCAAUUCUCUCUCAGGCAGAGGAGCGAACGUUUUCCUUUCUAAGUGCAUAAGCUACACGCAUACGCACACACACGCACACACACUCACGCAGAGGCGGAUCUCGCCCUCCGAGGCCGCCCUACCCGCUCCCCUCCUGCCCUCAGCAUCCUCGGCCCAGCGCGCCUCGGACCACCAUGGAGGUGCUGGAGAGCGGGGAGCAGAGCGUCCUGCAGUGGGACCGCAAGCUGAGCGAGCUGUCAGAGCCCGGAGAAACCGAGGCUCUCAUGUAUCACACGCACUUCUCGGAGCUGCUGGAUGAGUUUUCCCAGAACGUCUUGGGCCAGCUCCUGAACGACCCUUUCCUCUCAGAGAAGAGUGUGUCGAUGGAGGUAGAGCCGUCCCCAACGUCCCCGGCGCCUCUCAUUCAGGCUGAGCACAGCUACUCCCUGUGUGAGGAGCCUCGGGCCCAGUCACCGUUCGCCCACGUCACCGCCAGUGACAGCUUCAAUGAUGAUGAAGUGGAGAGUGAGAAAUGGUACCUGUCUACAGACUUUCCAUCAACAACCAUCAAGACAGAGCCAAUCACGGACGAGCCGCCCUCAGGACUAGUUCCGUCUGUCACUCUGACCAUCACUGCCAUCUCUACCCCUUUUGAAAAGGAGGAACCCCCUCUGGAAAUGAACGCUGGGGUUGAUUCCUCGUGCCAGACAGUUAUUCCUAAGAUUAAGCUGGAGCCUCAUGAAGUGGAUCAGUUCCUAAACUUCUCUCCUAAGGAAGCCUCCGUGGACCACCUGCACUUACCGCCCACCCCUCCCAGCAGCCACAGCAGCGACUCAGAGGGCAGCCUGAGCCCCAGCCCGCGCCUGCACCCCUUUGGCCUGCCGCAGACCCACAGCCCCGCCAGGGCCCCAGCGCGGGCCCCCUCGGCACUUGCCAGCUCCCCACUCCUCACCGCACCGCACAAGCUGCAGGGAUCAGGCCCCCUGGUCCUGACGGAGGAAGAGAAGAGGACCCUGAUCGCCGAGGGCUAUCCCAUCCCCACCAAGUUGCCCCUGACAAAAUCAGAGGAGAAGGCCCUGAAGAAAAUCCGGAGGAAAAUCAAGAACAAGAUUUCUGCCCAGGAAAGUAGGAGGAAGAAGAAGGAAUACAUGGACAGUUUGGAGAAAAAGGUGGAGUCUUGUUCAACGGAGAACUCCGAGCUCCGGAAGAAGGUGGAGGUUCUGGAGAACACCAACAGAACUCUCCUGCAGCAGCUGCAGAAGCUUCAGACUUUGGUGAUGGGCAAGGUUUCUCGCACCUGCAAGCUGGCUGGCACACAGACUGGCACCUGCCUCAUGGUUGUUGUGUUAUGCUUUGCCGUUGCAUUCGGCACCUUCUUUCAGGGCUAUGGGCCCUAUCCUUCUGCCACCAAGAUGGCCCUGCCCAGCCAGCAUUCCAUGCAGGAGCCCUACACAGCCUCCAUUGUGAGAUCCAGGAACCUGCUGAUCUAUGAGGAACAUUCUCCCCUGGAGGAGCCAUCCAGUUCGGCCUCGGCUGGGGAGCUUGGGCGCUGGGACAGAGGUUCCUCCCUGCUCAGGGCAUCAGGGCUGGAGUCCAGGCCUGACGUGGAUCUUCCCCGUUUCAUUAUAUCAAAUGAGACCAGCCUGGAGAAAUCAGUGCUGUUGGAGCUGCAGCAGCACUUGGUCAGCACCAAACUGGAGGGGAAUGAAACACUAAAAGUUGUAGAACUCGACAGAAGAGUGAACGCCACCUUUUAAAGAGACCGUCGCCACCUCCCUCUAUCUCCUCACUCUGCCUUUAUGUCUCCAAACCGCCUUUGUCAUAAGCUUUUCCUUUUUGCCACCUGAUCUUGACCGAAGACCUGGAUGUGCAGUCAUGGCUUUGGAUACGAGGACAGCCUGGGAUUUCCACCCACGGUGAGAGAGCGCCUCCCCCCGGUCCCACGUCCCUCCCUGCAGAAGGGAGCCCGCUUCUCUCCCUCCCUGUUGCUUACUGCCAUAGGAAAUUAUCUUAGGGUCAGGGGUGGGGCGAGCAGGCUUGUUUCUACCGACAGUGCCAAAAAGAUACUGCCUGCUUCUCACCGGGGUGGGUGUGACCGCCUCUUUGAAGAAGAGCUGACGCUUGUUCGUUCAAUUCGAGCCACAAAAAUACCAGGAUGCCUGUUGGAAUCUGGCAAAGCACCGACUGACGUCCUGCCUUUGCUCAGCCUGGGUCUCUCCUGCCGCUCUGCGCUGAGCCCCCGCUGACUUGUCCUCCGGCCCUGGAGCUGGAGCGAGGCGUCCCCUUCGUACUCUCAGGCCGCAAGUGCAAUGCCUGAAGGAAUCAGGCUUUUCUACUCCAGGCAAACCUGCCCCAUCAUGUUGCUUGUAGGAUUUCUCCACAAUCUGUGUCCCCACACGCCCCUAGUUCUGCCUCCUUGGCUUCUCCUCCCCAUUUGUAAAUAGUAUUUAUUAGCUCGCUGAGGCUUCCCUGGGCAACCACACUGAAGACACCCGGACGCCUCCCUCCAAGCUAGCAAAGUCUUCUGUUGGCCUUUGGAGCGAGGAGGGUACCCUAGGCUCUGGGAUCCCCAAUCCUUCCAGGCCAUGUUUUGCUUUCUUUUCUUCUUUUUUGCUGGAGCCCUAUAAUUAUAGUUGGGAAAUCUCCCUAAGCAUGUGUCCUCCUGUAGAAUGAACUCACAGGGAAAGAUGGAGCAGUGCCUCGCUCAGGUCUGGGGCUCUGUGGAUAGAUGCUUUUUCUGUCCCAUACCCAUAACAGGGAAGGGAAGCCCUGUCCCUGACAGCAGGCGUUUCAGACAACCCUGCUAGCUUGUCUUUCUCCACCUCCCCUGACACUUCUGCUUUCCCCCUCCUCUUCUGCCUCAACACAGGAGGUGAGCCUGAGGCCUGUUCCUGGGGUCAGAGUAGGUGACAUUUGUGUAUCCACAGUCUUACCUUUUAUAGUCAGGUUUGGCUACUUUGCAGCUCACCCAAAGAGACACGACCUAAUCCCCCAACCUGCUCUUAUUUUUUUUAAUGAUUAAAAGUAACUUUUGUAGUUUUAAAAAAAACUUUCCUCUUUCAUACAAAUAAGAAAUGGAAAUUGACUUUUUACUGUAUAAUGUAGAAGACUCCCCUUAAGUGUUUUUCCCUAGCUUGUAAAAGAUUUCGUGUAAGAAAUUUGCUCACGUUUUGUAUUUUAUUUUUAGUAGCAGCUGAAGCACCCUUGGCUUUAACUCUCACUCUGUCUCCGUUUCUGUCUCUCAUCUACAUUGUCAUUGGAACCUGUACUUAGGAGAGAUUAUGCUAUACCUGGGCCUUCUGUUCCAUAGCAGACACAGGAUUUGGUGUCAUUAGCAUUUGCCGUCAGACCUCAUAAGCAGAUCUGGUACCUUUGGGGCUCACCGUCAGUGAUUCCUCUCUCCCUACUGUGAUGGAGAGAGUUCUGGCUGGGAGACAGCCAAAUUCAUCUUCUUAGCACUGAUGUAAAGCUGGAUCAGGAUUGCAGUGGUCCUGGCAGCCCUCUCGGUCCUCUGCACGCCUCUCACUGUCCCUUCCAUUGGCCGGGGAGGGCUGAGACCGGCUGGGCUGUGCAGGAGGAAGGUUGCUAGCAUGCGCCCUGCUUCUGUUUCUCUCUACCUUCUCCUCUCCUUCUCUUCUGCUCUAGACCCUCUUGGGCCUGGCUGGUGUCUGCUAACCAUGGGCCACUACUGAACCAUCCCUCUCUUUAAAAUGUCAUGUAAUUAUCAGACACAGGCAGCCUGUGUGCAUGGGGAGGGAGAGGGCGGCUAAGAAGGUAAGAAUAUAGAAUUAACUCAAGUCGUAUUUGGACGGUAAGAAAGGCAAGCUUUUGUAUGUCAGUGGGAGUGGGUCAGCUUACCCACCUGACGCACUGGAACCAGAUCGGGUUUUUAAGUCUCCUGGAUUAGGCUGAGUAGAAAACCAGCUCUUCUGAAUAAGGAGGGAGAAGGAAAAGGGCCGCAAACUCCGAGCGCCUGUCUUUAGUGCCUUGAGGAUUUUAUUUCCUCCCUGACCUACCCUUGCUUGACGUCACUGUCUCCAGCCCUCCAUACAGCAGGGCUUGAUCUCUGGGAAACCGUUCUUCCCACAACUGAAUCUGUGUCUAGAGACCAGGGACAUCAGCGUGAGAGCUCAAAUGGCCAUCGUAAGGGGAUCCAAGGACCAAUUGCUGCUAUUAUGAGAAAGACCUCUGCCCUCUACUCCUUGCUUGGGUGAGUAAGGGGAACUAAACAGUUAUCCCUUUAGGAGGACGUAAUGGAGUCAAGAGGAUGCAGAAGAAUUGGAUAAUACCAGAUUGGUUCCAAAUAGUUAAUGGGUGUGUGCACCUUUUCUGUUCCAGGGUUAAGCCCACAAUGUCAGUGGAUUUGUUUCCCUCCCCAGAGCCAUCCCAUAGAUGAGUCAGUAAUACCUGGUUAGCCCUGAAGGUGUCAAACAGUGGCAGCCUUUUGGUUUCUGAACCUCAGUUUUGGAAAAUAAGAGACUGUUAGCACAACCAUCAAUCAUAAAGAAUCAAUGUUAAUGAUAAACAUAUUCAUAUAUUUUUCAUUAUGUCAACAGCUUUUCCUCUUUCCUUUCUUUGAUUAUUAGCUUAGUGGAGGAGAUGUCUUGCAAAAGUUCAGAGAACACGUACUUUUUUACUGGGUGAGACCUGAGUAACCCAGACCCCCCAGUGAGGUUCUAUUUACAGCUCUUGACUUUGCACUUAGAAAUGGAUACUGUAAAUGAAAGGCCUCAGUACCAGGUUUAAGAAAGAAUUUCUGUGAAGUGUUAGGACUCUGGAGCCUAGCUCACAUAAAGGGAGUGUUAUAUAAGAAUCUGACAGCUGAACUAGGUUGCUCCUUUUGGACAGGGGGUGGGGAUGAGGUUUGACACCAGUACAGGCAGAAUUAGAUAACCUUUUUAUGAAUAUAAAUGAUUUUGAUUUAAAGACCUAAUUUGUAGAUUGUGAAAGCAGCUUUUAGCUCAACUUAUUUACAAACCAACUGUGAGUACCAUGUUGUUUUUCUUCCUAAAUCUCUCGGUUUAGCCUGAAUGCCGAGAGAGGGCUGUGACUCUCGUGUGCCCUUGGAGCAGGGCUCUUGCAUUGGGUCACCUUUGUUCUGGCAGUGAGUCACUGUCCAGAAUUUUUGACAGAGGUGUUUUAUUAAAAUUUUUUUAGCACUUUGUGCCUUCUUCCUCCUCUGUCCUCACACCAAGCAAAAGACAAGGAUCAGAGGCCCUUCAGGGGCAGCUCCUCCGGACACAUGUGUCACGUGAGCACGUUGCACACUCAGAGACCUCCCUCUCCCUGUCGAGGAGACAGAGCGUCCGUGCCGGCCUUGCUAACGUGGGGAGAUGGGAGACGGAGGAGAAGGCACUGGUCUCCCCCUUCUCUGCCAAGAGCUCUUGUCACUAGCUCGGUUCUGUUGAACCCAGUCUUUGAGGAACCUUUAUUACAGACACCAGCUCUCCUGCUUGCAGUGCAGGCAGGACCUGUGAGACAGACCAGUAGCGGGUAGUGCCCUGGUCGGAGUCAUUUUCUUUGAAUGCUUUUCAGCUGAGACCAUUAGGAGAUGUGAUCGCAUAAACCCCUCUGGGAGGGCAGCUACAGGAGAGAGUAGGGGGCUGUGAAGCAGCCAGAGACAGAGUUCAGAUUUUUCAUUCAUUCAUUGAGUCAGUCAUUCACUCCCAAGGAAGAGUGUUGCCGAAGGCCCUAGUGAAUAUUGGGGAAUAAGGGGACUGAGGAAGCUUCAUUAAUCAAUAGCUCUUCAAAAGACCCAUGUGCCAGCUCUCUCUCUCUCUCUCUCUCUCUCUCUCCCUCCCUCUCCCUCUCCCUCUCCCUCUUGCGCAGGCACACGCACACAUGCACACUCGCACACUCGCACACACGUUCCUCCCUCAUCUUGGACACUCGUUUGUGUCUUACAUGUGCCUUAUAUUUGAAUCCAGGAUGACUGAGAACUACCUAGGGGCUGGGAGAUUUUAUAUACAGCUUUGUGGUACUAGACUGAGGUGGACAUGGGAAAAGGAACUUUUUCCAAAGGCUCAAAAAUGGUUUCCUAAAAGUGAGCCAUGAUCAGAUUUGCACAUCAGGAGCAAAGGAAGAGUUAUGUCCAUUAGGAAAAUCCCAUCUUGCAGAGGUGCAAUCACAUCAAAAAAUGGCCAGCCGGGAUUAAAGGUAUUAUAAAUCCUCAGAGCAGAACAUUUUCUCAGCUCAGAGGAACCUGACGCAUUUGAGGAUUAAGGCUCCAUGUCUCCGUGGACAAAGGGUCAGCACCUACCACAGGACAAGACUAGGUAUUGUUUCGUUUUGUCCUUUUGGGCAACAUAAAAUCUGGGAAUGCUUUAUUUUGUCUUAGUUUCUAGAAGGAAGGGAAAUAAUAAUUCUCAAGCACCUACUAGAAGCUGGGUGCUGUGCUAAAUAAGUUAAUUUUAUAGAAAGAGAAAACAAGGGCAACGAAUUACUAUGAGAUGGAUAAACAGCUAAGCGAUAUGGAAAGUGCAGCAAUUUGUGGGUCAGGUUGAGCAGAUCUCUUUCUGCACGAACACGCUGUAAACUUCUAAGGUCCUCUGGGCAGGGAAUGCAGUGCCUACUCCCUAGGCUGGCCCUGCUGUGUAAAGUUCAGGUUUUUGCCUCACGCUGGAGAUGUUCAUCUCCUGUCCGGUUCAUGCAGUCGUCUGUGAGCUCCAGCUAGCAGCCUUUGCAUCCUGGAAAAGCACCACGAGCGGUUUUAGCUGUUUCUCUGUUCCUCUUCCUUACGCACUAGCUGGCUGAGAACAAUGAACUUUUGGCACCGUGGACCCAUGGCCUAUGCUGUUCAGCAAAUCUCCCUUUCAGAUGAAACACUGUCUGAGUCUAUGAAAAACACCAGCUCUCUUUGACAAAUUGUGAGCCACCCUUUUUAAACAAUGCUGAGCAGACUCCAGACUAUAAGAAACCAUGAGCUUUAAUGUCUCUGCUGACAGGCUGGGCUUUGCUGUCUUUGGUUACACGUUAUACAGACCAGCAGUGUUUAAGUCUGAAUACAUUGUGAGUCUAUUAUCUGUCAUAUCAUGCUGUUUUUUAUGGCUUUUUAUUCUUUAUCAUAGCUAAGUAAAUACCAAAAAAAGUAAAUGCUUUGUAGGAUACUUGUAUUUAGUUUGGAAAAAAAUGAAUGGAAAUUGUUAUGCUUUUGUAUUUCUAUUUCUUGCAAAUAAAAUAUUUUUUCUUAAAUAGUGAAA